UGCGAAAGUGGUGAUCUCUGAAGAAGUUGUCUUAACUCGACAUUAGUGUGUCUGUGUCAUGCUGAACCACAGCAGCUCCAGUUUAAACUCCACCAGCUGGACUACAGCUAACCUGGUCAGCGGUGGGCUGAUGGGUCUCUGCUUCAUGGUUGGAGUCCCUGGUAAUAUUGGAGUAAUUCUUUUCAUAGUUCGGCAUUUCAAAAAGGACAAUUUCACCGUUCAUCUAAUGCUGAAUCUGGCAGCUGCAGACAUCUUAUGUUUGAUAACCCUGCCUGUGUGGAUCUACAGUGACCUAGAGAGCAUUGACAAAGUAAGCUGCAAGUUUUUCAUAGCACUCGUCUACUGUAGCGCAUACUCAAGUGUGAUAACAGUAACUAUGCUGAGUUUGUAUCGUUGUUUACGGAUUCGACAUCAACAUUCACAGUUGUGGAUGAGCAAGAGAAGAGAGAGAGCGCUGCUGAUCAGUGGUUGGGCUCUGGCACUGCUUUUCUCUUGUCCUGGUGUACUUACACAAGAUAUCACUGAAGGUGAAUCCAAGUGUGAAAGAAAACUGGAGUCAACAGCCAGUCUUAUUGUUGCUCUACUGGAGUCAUUGCUUGGAUUUUUUCUUCCUUUCACAAUCAUGCUGACUUCAUAUUAUUGCUUAUACAAAACAGCCACACAGGGAGCAUUCAGAUACAGACACAGACCGACUAAACUGGUCACACGGAUUGUCAUAGUUUUCUUCAUUUUUUGGGCUCCACACGAAAUAAUAAAAUUAGAGGAAAUCUGUUCUCUUUUUUUAGGAUUAAAUCCAGUUCUCUCUUUUGCCAGUGACAUUGUUGGAGGUCUUACAUUCAUCAACAGUUGUGUGAAUCCAUUCCUCUAUGCCUUUUCCUCAAAGAGUUUACAUAAACGCAAACAGCCAAAGGAGACCAUGGUCACUAAAGGCUCACAACAUUUACCAAGGGAUCAUUUCAUAGAAGUGAACAGCUCACUAGUAAAGCUUUGCACCUUGAACUAAAGAAACAUGUCAUAUCAACAUACGCAGAAGAAACUGGACAAUGAUAGAAGCACCUUUUAAAAAUGCAUUUGGAUGAAUUUCAGAAAGCUGUAUAUGUAGCACUUUUUAAAGAGUUUUUGAUGAGUUUAAUGCUUUAAUUUUUCUGUAAUUUCACCACUGUAAUGCAAAAGCUAUUAUUCUUAUGAAUUACAUUAUGACUCUGAACUACAGUGUACUGUAUAAAUGAAAGCAAUGUCUAAACAACACAUGAUCAUAGUGGGUAAUGUUUAGAUGCAUGCUCUUUUUGUUAUUCAUCAAUAAUUACCUUUUAAGUAUUAUAUAUUUAAGAUGCUUCUUUACUGAAUGUAAAAUGCAUUGUUUUGUGAUUUGAUGCAUCAGUUAUCAUUAAGCAUUUGUUGUGUGAACUGUUUUUAGGGACUGAAAUGGCUAUAUUGGCAUUUGCUGCUAGAAUAGUACUGUACAAUCUAAAGACAGUACAAUAGCUUGCUUAUCUGUAAGCCAUGUGUGUGCAAUAAUGUUGGCAAAAUCACCUAGUAACCAGAAAACAAAAACAAAAACAAAAAACACUAUUUUAAAAACAACUGAGCUGUUGUCACAUGUACAACAAUAUCAGCUGAGCACUAACUUUCUGUUUUAGUUUUUAUCUGUUGUUCCUGUUUCCAAUCAGAUCAUGUGUAUUUCUCAGAAGACAGUGAGUAAGUCAGCUUUGUCAAAGACUGAUAUGGUUUGAAAUGAAUAAUAAAGAGGUCACAUUCUUUGAAAAACCUA